AUGUGCAGCAGGUCACCAUUCAUCGUGCGGUUGUACGCCAUUGUCGUGCGGUUGAAAGAUGUGAAUUCGGCGACACCAACUGGUGCCACCAACCUGCCCCCUGUCCCCGACGACAAUGACACGGGACAACGCGACAAGUGCGGCUUCGUGUAUAACGCACUCGCGCUCCCUGACCGGCCCUCGUUCAACGGCUCGACAGUGUCGGAGCAGUGA